UAAAGUGUGGUAGUGAGCCUCGGUCCAGCUGCGCACACGUACCAUAGCCAUUUUUCUGUUGACUCCGCUCUCCGCCACGUUGGUUCCCCUCUACGCGUGUCGCAUUCCGCUGCGCACCAGCAACGUUAUGUUUGUGAUGAGGCGGGAAAUGGCGUCCGCAGACAUGUUUGGUCUGUGACUAGCUAUCGAGCGACAGACACAGCUGGCAACAACAACCACGGCCCGACCUCUACCGGUGGCCCGCGACGGUCGCGGCCGAGAGCUGCCAACACUGCGGCAAGUUUUGAAGAGCUUCCUAGAUCAUCAAUUUUUAUAUGUGACGUUGGAGCAUGAUGAAGCUGAGAGUGCGUAAAGCUCCUCAGCAGCCGAACUUAGGCCGUCGAACCCACCCAUCCCAGGCCAAACGGAAACACUGUGAAGUGGAGCCAUCCCCGGUGAGAGGUCGAUGCAAAAUGCAGAAGAAUGAAACAGGCCUGUUCUCCACUAUUAAGAAAUUCAUCGGUGGAAAUGCUGUCAAGGUGGAACCGGAUAUCCCUGCAAAGAGGAGUCGUCUUGAAUGUAAUUCUGAGAGCGAUCUAAUUACUUCAACACCUCAGACUAGAGGCCUUUCCAAUAAAGCAGUCUCCAGAGUUUGCCGGAAAAGUCCAAAUAAAGACACGAUGACCUGCAACAGUAAACCCCUGAAACCAAACGGUAAGCUUGAGGUCCCCGUCGAGGUCGCAAGCAGCCCACCACGCACCACCCUGCUCGGAACCAUCUUCUCUCCAGUCUUCAACUUUUUCUCACCAGCAACUAAAACUGCCGCUCCUGGUUCAGACUCUCCUGGCCAAGCGAUAGAGGCAGAGGAAAUCAUGAAACAGCUGGACAUCGAGCCGGCAGAAGAAAUGCCGAGCAGCACGCUCACGUCCACAGAGGGCAUCACUCCGUGUCACACUGCCCCGAUAUUACCGCAGAGGCUUCAGAUUACCUCCGAUACAACCAUAGAACAAGGACAAAUAGUAACUGAAACUGACAUGCCACCAUUAACGGAGAGCCGAAGUGAAACUGGAACUUUCAGGUUCUAUUUCAGACCUCCUGGUUGUAUGCCAGCCGGUGUUUACCCUCAUGCGUUACCUGCGGCCCCUCCAGAAACCUCAUAUGAAGAGGAAUGGGAAGUUUUUGAUCCGUACUUCUUCAUCAAGCACGUGCCUCCGCUGACAGAAGAGCAGUUAACACGCAAACCAGCAUUACCUUUGAAAACACGCAGCACACCAGAGUUUUCUCUCGUCUUGGAUCUGGACGAAACUCUGGUCCACUGUAGUUUAAAUGAGCUAGAAGACGCAGCCCUGACAUUCCCUGUGCUCUUUCAAGAUGUAAUAUACCAGGUGUAUGUUCGCUUGAGGCCCUUUUUCCGCGAGUUUCUUGAGCGCAUGUCUCAAAUGUAUGAGAUUAUUCUCUUCACGGCUUCAAAGAAAGUGUACGCCGACAAGUUGCUCAACAUCCUGGAUCCGAAAAAACAGUUGGUCAGACAUAGGCUAUUUCGUGAGCACUGUGUGUGUGUUCAAGGAAAUUAUAUUAAAGACCUAAACAUUCUUGGACGGGAUCUUUCCAAGACAAUAAUAAUCGACAACUCACCCCAAGCCUUUGCCUAUCAGCUUUCCAAUGGAAUCCCCAUCGAGAGCUGGUUUGUGGAUAGAAAUGACAACGAGCUUCUAAAGCUUGUUCCUUUCCUCGAGAAGCUUGUGGAGCUGAAUGAAGAUGUCAGACCGCACAUCCGAGAACAGUUUCGUUUGCACAACCUCCUUCCUCCAGACUGAUGACUGCGUGUUCGUCUCUCAGUUCAAGAUGGUAUCAACAUUGGAAGAAAAAAAAAAAAAACGGACUCCUAGAAGAAAAUAUUCAAUGGAUUUCUCUUUGCAAACAUUGCCAUUAUUAUUAUUAUUAUUUUUUAAAUCAUGCAAAAAAAUUGAAAGUUAUGUUUGAUUCAAAAAGCCCUGGAUGUUUUUAUACACACACACACACACACAGACACACACACACACACACACACACACACUCAAACCAGAUUCAGAGCAAACAAAUCUGCUCGCUGCAGCAGACUUUUCUCUUUUUGCUCGCUUGUUUUUGUGCACCUUUUUGUUUUUGAAGGCGGCUUCCUGGAAGGUAUUUUGUCUUUUUAAGAACCAUUUUGGAUUGACAAAACUGAAUGUCAUGCAGUGUUGGAUUAUAUGGACCCUGGUGGCUUCGGUCUGACCUUGAACGGCCAGUCAAACCUGUAUAAUAUUCACUCUAUUUACUUGUAAAUAUAUGUACAUAGUUUUUUUUCUUCAAGGUUUUUAAGUCAUUUUAUUUUCACUUCAGAUUUUAGUAUGUAUUCUUUGAUUCGGUUGCUUUUAUAAAACCAACAAAAUGUUAGUGUGUUUUGUUUGAAGUUGUUGAUAAACGGCUGCAUUUCUGUUGUAUGCCUGCAUUAUUCCUGUGAUGCUUUACUCCAUUACAUGCAGUUGUCUGUAAUAAGGUGCAGUUUAAAAAAAAAAAAGAAAGAGGAAAAUGUUUCUGAAACAAUAUUUUAAAGCUAUAUAAUGUAAGCUAGA